AAAAGGAUAAAGCAGCCUGGUUGCCCGCCAUCUGAGCGCAAGAAGCCAGUCUGUCCUUUUCGUCAACACAGCCAACCAGCUGCAACUGCGGGUCUAGUCUGGUCUCGCGAGUCAUUGAUGGAUCUGUCAUACGCAAUGCGCUCUUCCUAGCAAUUAUUCCCUGACAUAUUAGUAUUGAGGAACUGGGAAGGCGCCUCAUUACUGCAGUCAAUCUGUUCUGCAACUCUCGCCAACCUUCUUGAUCAGGUCUACACAAUCUGUCAAGGAACGCCAGAAAGUCCCUCCUACGUUAGUGCGAGUACAAAGCCCGAAAUGGAUUCAUGGGCCACCAGCACAGCGUCGCCAGCCAUCAAGUUCGAGGAUUCGCCCACUGAGUCUCUGCUCUCAACGCCCGACGAGAUGUAUCCCUCACUCUUCAGCACCAGCCCCGCGCCAGGCGCCACGGUUAACCCCCUCGAUAUGUUGACGCCCAAGUCGUCAAUUGAGGAGAAUGCGGUUGAACCCAACCUGGCCAUGCUCGCUGGACUGACAGCGCUCACACAAACGACCCUGAGGCAGCCCUCGGCUUCUACCACUCCUACACCGGAACCCGAGAAGAAGCCGGUGAAGAAGAGGAAAUCAUGGGGCCAGGUACUUCCAGAGCCAAAGACAAAUCUCCCUCCAAGGAAACGCGCCAAGACCGAAGAUGAGAAAGAACAACGGCGUGUUGAGCGUGUUCUCCGCAAUCGCCGCGCAGCUCAGUCAUCACGCGAGCGCAAGCGCUUGGAGGUUGAGGGCCUGGAACGGAGAAACAAGGAGCUCGAGGCGGCACUUCUCCAGGCACAGCAGAUCAACCUCGCGCUACUGGAGGAGGUUCAAAAGUUCCGGCAGGGCUCAGGUGGCGUAUCCAGCACUUCGCCAUCAUUCGGUGCCCUCCGCCAAAACCCUGUCACGUUCUCGCAGCAGCUCUUUGGCUCGCAAGACGGGCAUGGCGCACCAGUCGGUGGCUCCAGCCCGUUGGAACAGCUCCUGCAGUCGCUCCCAUCCGCGACCAACAAAACCGUUAACCCCGCGUCUCUCUCUCCUGCCCUGAGCCCCAUUCCCGAGGCAGCGGAAGAGCAGAACCAACCCGCGACAGUUCCAGCUCCUGUUGCUCAAGACGUACCGUCCACCCCCGCGGCCAAUGCUUCCCCCGAUGCGACACAACAUCCUGCAGCGAUGUUGUGCCAAGACCUGCAGUGUCGAUCGGCGGAAGCACCACGCUCGGGGUGGAUGGCGAUGUCUCGACAACAGCUGCACCCAGCACUGUCGCUGCUCCUCCCGCUCCAGUUCCUACUGGCUUCGACCUCGGCGAUGGUUUCGCUAUGCCAGAGGCCCUUGAUGCAGAUCGCUAUGUCCUUGAAAGCGGGCUUCUCUCUUCACCCAACUCAACCGAUUAUGAAUACGAUCAUCUGGCUGGUGACGACGCCACAUCGUUCCCGCUCCCAUCCUCAACCUACGAAUUCGACUUCAACGACUUCAUCGCCGACAGCGAGCUCAAUCUCGCGCCCAGCAACGACAAGCAACCGCAGCAGCUCCACAGCCGCUCCGUCGCAGACUCGUCCCUCCUCCACUCUGAGACUCCGAACCCUUCGGAAGAUCCUUACCUGCAGCCCCACUCUGGCGCGUCCCUUGAUGGAUGCGACGAUGGAGGCAUUGCGGUUGGUGUCCUCUGAGGGAUACGCGGUCGACCGGGUUUGUGGAGACGGCGCUUCGGCGGCGGCAGCACUUGGGGAGCCGCAGCAGCAGUUGUCCCGUCGCGGGCCGAUUGGAUGGCUCAACGGAGCGGCGCUCCCGUCGAAGGAGGUCCUACUCACCCUACUGUGGGCCCUCAGAGUUGAAGAGCGGAGACUCCAAAUCCGCGAGCAGGUCAAGUCCUCAUCGUCAUCCAUACCCGGAACGUCAGGUAUCCCCGAGACAACGGGCCCAACAAUGAGCAAGACAAGAUAUGUUUUGAAGAUAUCGCAAAAGAGAAAUCGGGAAGAAGAGAGCCGUGGAACUCCCGUCAAAAGGCGGCGCUUUUAGUGAACCAUCUGUAUGAAUCAACCUGGGUGGGCAUAGCAUGGCGCAAAUGGACACAAAUGGAGUUGGUUAAUGUUGAUUUCUCGGCUGGGUUUUCACAUCGCCAGGCUUUGUACUGUUGUAGGACUAUUAGCUUAUACCUGGACAAGAGACAACCGAGCCUGCCUU